ACCCGCAUUGCAUUUAUGCCUUUCUCCCAUCGCCCAUGCACUCCAGCCAUUAUCUCAAACUCUGUGCUCACCCCUGUAUCUGGAAUUUCCUCCCCCCAUCUCUGCCUGUCAAGUCUUAUUCAGGAUCACCCAGCAAAGGCAUCAUUCCUUCAAGUCAACCCAACCAGCCAUGUGAAGCCUACCUCAGCUAUCGCAGACAGGGGAAGCAUUCCUCCUCAGCUUUCCUGUGAGGGGAGUGUGCGCGAUGAAAGAAUCACAGGCUGGAAAGUCAGAGAGGCCUGGGUUUGUGGUUGUGACUCAGCGUCUGCCAGGAGGGAGCCCUCGCUGGGGCUCCGUCUUCUCAUCUGUGAGCCAGGUUCUCAUGGCUACUCCGAAAGGUCGAUCCACUCUUUCGUACAGAGAAAGCCAAGAUACAGGAGGAAGGGAGAAGCAGAAUUAGCUACAAGGAACAGCCUGUAUGCCAAGGCUGGAAGCAAAAGGCUGCAGAAUAUUCAGCCUCACGACUGCACAAAACAGCAUCUGAAGGAAGGUGAGAUCAUCGUUUUUUACUACAGACCUCAGGAUAAGUAUGCUUUUCAGGAAGCCUUGAACAGUGCAGGAGAUAAGCUGGUCGUGGUUGACUUCUCCGCCGCGUGGUGUGGGCCUUGCAAAAUGAUCAAGCCCUUCUUUCAUUCCCUCUCUGAAAAGUAUUCCAAUGUGGUGUUCCUUGAAAUAGAUGUGGAUGACUGUCAGGAUGUUGCUGCAGAGUGUGAAGUGAAAUGCAUGCCAACCUUCCAGUUUUUUAAAAAAGGACAAAAGGUGGGUGAGUUUUCUGGCGCUAAUAAGGAAAAACUCGAAGCCACCAUCAAUGAAUUCAUUUAAUCAUCUUAACCAGCCAUUGGCUCUUGUAAUUUUUUUUAUUUACAAAAAAAAGAAGAUAGAUCAAGUAUAGAGACUAUAUAUUCAACUACCAUCUGAUUAUAAAUGACAAUAAAAUAUUAAUUCUACCCUUUUUAAAA